CGGAGAGGGAGGAAAGAAUCGGAGAGGGAAGAAAGGAUCGGAGAGGGAGGAAAGGAUCGGAGAGGGAGGAAAGGAUCGGAGAGGGAGGAAAGGAUCGGGAGGAGGGAGGAAAGGAGGGAGGAAAGGAUCGGGGAGGGAGGAAAGGAUCGGGGAGGGAGGAAAGGAUCGGGGAGGGAGGAAAGGAUCGGGGAGGGAGGAAAGGAUCUGGGGGGAGGGAGGAAAGGAUCGGGGAGGGAGGGAGGAAAGGAUCGGGGAGGGAGGAAAGGAUCGGGGAGGGAGGAAAGGAUCGGGGAGGGAGGAAAGGAUCGGAGAGGGAGGAAAGGAUCGGAGAGGGAGGAAAGGAUCGGAGAGGGAGGAAAGGAUCGGAGAGGGAGGAGGCAGCAGCUGAAAUAUGUUAUGUUUCACCCUAAAUACUGGCAGAACAUAUAACAUGUUCUAAAAGGUGAAAAGACUGCAUAUUGUGAAUGCAGGUUCCGGGGAGACCAGAUAUAGUGAAUGCAGGGUCCAGGGAGACCAGAUAUAGUGAAUGCAGGGUCCGGGGAGACCAGAUAUAGUGAAUGCAGGGUCCGGGGAGACCAGAUAUAGUGAAUGCAGGGUCCGGGGAGACCAGAUAUAGUGAAUGCAGGGUCCGGGGAGACCAGAUAUAGUGAAUGCAGGGUCCGGGGAGACCAGAUAUAGUGAAUGCAGGGUCCAGGGAGACCAGAUAGAGUGAAUGCAGGGUCCUGAGAGACCAGAUAUAGUGAAUGCAGGGUCCGGGGAGACCAGAUAUAGUGAAUGCAGGGUCCAGGAAGACCAGAUAUAGUGAAUGCAGGGUCCAGGAAGACCAGAUAUAGUGAAUGCAGGGGUCCGGGGAGACCGGAUAUAGUGAAUGCAGGGUCCGGGGAGACCGGAUAUAGUGAAUGCAGGGUCUGGGGAGA